GAACAGUCAACGUGUUUUUUUUUAAUAACUGAGCCUGGUGGAUUACUGUACAAAGCUCUUUUGAACAUCGCCAUACAGGGAAAGAAGUGUUGAAGUUAAUCCACUUGAACUGGAUGCAGCAUCAACUCAGCGAGUCAGCGACUAUGUUGUACAGAUACUGGAGGGGCGAAGUUAAGCAGCUUUCGCCUGUGCCAGUCACAGCUCUGCAGCGGGCCACAUUUGCUGAGCUGGUGGAAGUAAUUAAGAAGAGAAGAAUACCUCUGCAGUUUCCUGUUUUUUCAGCGCAGUUAUUCUAAUUAUGGGCUGUGUCAAAAGUUCUAGCAAAACAGUAACUGCUGAAGAACAGAACCAAAAGACCUUGUUUGUUUGUUUUUGGAUAAAGAAAUUCUACUAAGAUAAAUGGAAACGCUAAUCUCGCCCACCGUCCAAAUAUCUCCAGAUUGAAUUACUUUCAAUAGUCAACGCAUGCUGUGUUGGAGCUUGAUUGAGCAUCUGCUAGAUCCCUGAAAGCUAAUAGGCCAAACCUUCAAGCAGAUAGUAAUUGGCACCAGUGAUUUUUCUCUAUGUCUCUCAGGCUUUUGGAGACGCCAGGAAAAUAUCAGACUAAAUUGUUCUGAAAUGGGUCAAGCAGAGCUGAAGAGAGUUAACUGCAAGCGAGUUCCUCCUGGAGCCUCUCCUCCCUGCCCCUCUGUACCAGCCCCCCACAGAGCUGCUCUCUUCUUCCUCCCUCCUUCGCCAUAAAACACACGAAGUCCUGAAGACACACACAAACACAUUUACGGACAUCAACAUCUUCCCGCCUGAGCAGCAUGAUCACCUCGGAGCUCCCUGUCCUACAGGACUCAUCUAAUGAGUCUGGGGCAACAGAUGCAGUGGGCUUAAGUAUGAGCAUGAGUGAGAUAGAAGAUCCAGAGGUGAAAGGGAAAAAGAAGCGAGGAAGGCCUGGAAAACAGCUACCGGCAUCGAAUAAGAAGCCCCGGAAAUCACCGGCAGACAAGACUGGGGGUGCGACCAGAGGCCGAGGGAAAGCCAACGGUGUGGCCCAACAUAAUGGAGAUGGUGGUGACCCAGUGACUCUGUUCGAAGUGGUCAAACUAGGCAAGAGUGCCAUGCAGUCAGUAGUGGACGAGUGGAUCGAGUCGUACAAACAAGACAGAGACCUGGCGCUGCUGGACCUCAUUAACUUUUUCAUCCAGUGCUCAGGGUGCAAAGGCACAGUGAGGAUCGAGAUGUUUAGGAACAUGCAGAACGCUGAAAUCAUCCGUAAGAUGACAGAAGAGUUUGAUGAAGACAGUGGGGAUUACCCUCUCACCAUGCCGGGGCCAAUGUGGAAGAAAUUCCGCUACAACUUCUGCGAGUUCAUCAGCGUUCUGAUUCGCCAGUGUCAGUACAGCAUCAUCUACGAUGAGUACAUGAUGGAUACGGUGAUCUCCCUCCUCACGGGGCUGUCUGACUCCCAAGUGCGAGCCUUCAGACACACCUCCACAUUAGCUGCUAUGAAGCUGAUGACAGCGUUGGUGAAUGUGGCCCUCAAUCUGAGCAUUCACCAGGACAAUACACAGAGACAGUACGAGGCCGAGAGGAACAAGAUAGCUGGCAAACGAGCCAACGAGAAGCUGGAACUGCUGCUACAGAAAAGGAAGGAGCUUCAGGAAAAUCAAGAUGAAAUAGAGAAUAUGAUGAACUCCAUCUUUAAGGGAAUCUUUGUGCAUCGCUACAGGGAUGCAAUUGCAGAAAUCAGAGCCAUCUGUAUUGAGGAGAUUGGCGUGUGGAUGAAGAUGUACAGUGAUGCGUUUCUUAAUGACAGUUACCUGAAAUAUGUUGGUUGGACGCUACAUGAUAGGCAAGGAGAGGUGCGUCUAAAGUGCCUGAAGGCUUUACAGAACCUCUACACGAACCGAGAACUCUUUCCCAAGCUGGAGCUUUUCACCAACCGCUUCAAGGACCGUAUAGUGUCAAUGACUCUGGAUAAGGAGUAUGAUGUGGCAGUGGAGGCCAUCCGACUAGUCACACUGAUCCUGCAGGGCAGUGAAGACGCCUUGUCUAAUGAGGACUGUGAGAACGUCUAUCACCUAGUCUACUCUGCCCACCGGCCAGUGGCUGUUGCUGCUGGAGAAUUCCUACACAGGAAAUUGUUCAGUCGUCAUGACCCACAGGCAGAAGAAGCGCUGGCUAAGCGCAGAGGAAGGAGCAGUCCUAAUGGAAAUCUCAUCCGCAUGUUGGUGCUCUUCUUUUUAGAGAGCGAGCUCCACGAGCAUGCAGCCUACCUUGUGGACUCGCUGUGGGAAAGCUCUCAGGAGCUGCUCAAAGACUGGGAGUGUAUGACUGAACUUCUGCUGGAGGAGCCUGUUCAAGGAGAAGAAUUGCUGUCAGACAGGCAGGAGAGUGCGCUGAUAGAGCUGACGGUGUGCACCAUCCGACAGGCAGCAGAAGCACACCCACCUGUUGGCAGAGGCACCGGUAAACGGGUGCUGACGGCAAAAGAGAGGAAGACCCAGAUAGACGAUAAGAACAAACUGACAGAGCACUUUAUCAUGGCUCUGCCAAUGUUGUUGUCCAAGUACCAGGCAGACUCAGAGAAGGUUGCCAACCUGCUACAGAUUCCUCAGUUCUUCGACCUGGACGUGUACAGUGCCGGUCGCAUGGAGAAGCACCUGGAUGCUCUGCUGAAGCAGAUCCGGCUAGUGGUGGAGAAGCACAUCGAGACAGAUGUGCUCGAAGCCUGCAGCAAGACCUACAGCAUCCUGUGCUCUGAAGAGUACACCAUCAUGAACCGGGUGGACAUCGCUCGCUCCCAGCUCAUCGACGAGAUGACGGAUCGAUUUGCUCACUCUGUGGAGGAGCUGCUGCAGGAGGCUGAGGAGGCCGAUGAUGACGAUAUCUACAAUGUUUUAUCUACACUCAAAAGACUCACAGCCUUUCACAAUGCCCACGACCUGACGCGGUGGGAUUUAUUUGGGAACUGUUACCGACUGCUGAAGGCGGGCAUCGAGCAGGGCUCCAUGCCAGAGCAGAUAGCUGUCCAGGCCCUGCAGUGCUCCCACUACUCCAUCCUCUGGCAGCUGGUCAAGAUCACUGAGGGGUCUCCUAGCAAGGAUGACCUUCUGGCUCUCAGGAGAGUGGUGAAGUCUUUCUUGGCUGUUUGCCAGCAGUGCCUUUCCAACGUCAACACACCGGUCAAAGAACAGGCGUUCAUGCUUCUCUGCGACCUGCUGAUGAUCUUCAGCCACCAGCUGAUCUCCGGGGGCAGGGAGGGCCUCCAGCCGCUGGUUUUUAACCCCGACAGCACUCUGCAGAACGAGCUGCUCAACUUUAUCCUGGACCACGUCUUCAUUGACCAGGAUGACGAGAGCCAAAGCAUGGAGGGAGAUGAGGAGGACGAGGCCAACAAGAUUGAGGCUCUGCACAAGAGGAGAAACCUGCUUGCAGCUUUCUGCAAACUCAUCAUCUACGAUAUCGUAGACAUGCCUGCUGCUGCAGACAUUUUCAAACACUACAUGAAGUAUUACAAUGAUUAUGGAGACAUCAUUAAGGAGACUCUCAGUAAAACCAGACAGAUGGACAAGAUCCUCUGUGCCAAGACACUCAUUCUCAGUCUGCAGCAGCUGUUCAAUGAACUGCUGCAAGAUCAGGGGCCCAACCUGGACCGGACAUCAUCUCAUGUGAGCGGCAUCAAGGAGCUGGCCCGCCGCUUCGCUCUCACCUUCGGACUGGAUCAAAUCAAGACCAGAGAGGCUGUGGCCACACUGCACAAGGAUGGAAUAGAGUUUGCGUUUAAGUACCAGAAUCCACGUGGACCAGAGUUUCCCCCUGUCAAUCUGGCCUUCCUGGAGGUCUUGAGCGAAUUCUCUUCUAAACUAAUUCGUCAAGACAAAAAGACAGUCCACUCAUACCUGGAGAAGUUCAUGUCGGAGUCGAUGUCGGAGCGCCGGGAGGACGUGUGGCUGCCACUCAUCUCUUACAGGAACAGCCUGCUGACAGGAGGCGAUGAGGACCACAUGUCUGUCACGUCUGGCUCCAGUAGCAAAGCUGGCUCGGUCCGCAGCAAGAAGGGGCGACCGCCACUACACAAGAAACGCAUUGAAGAGGAGAGUAGCGUAGAGGGCUCGUGGAUGCUGCGUAAUGACACCCUACAGACACCUGGGCCACUGCAGACUCCUCAGCUCACCUCCACCGUCCUCAGAGAGAACAGGCCAGCAGAACACAUGCCAGACCCCGAUUCAGAACCCGGAUCAGAAAACGACUACGUACACAAUCCUCAGAUGCAGAUGUCGUGGUUAGGUCAACAAAAGAUGGAGGAAGUAAACAGAAAAGACCGCACGGGCAUGAACUACAUUAAGUCACGCAACAAUCAGGGCGUUCGGCAGACUGUGCGCGGUUUGAUGGAGGAUGAUGCAGAGCCCAUCUUUGAGGAUGUGAUGAUGUCGUCACGGGGGCAACUGGAGGACAUGAAUGAGGAGUUUGAAGACACUAUGGUUAUUGACCUGCCACCAUCGAGGAACAGACGCGAGAGAGCAGAACUAAGACCGGAUUUCUUUGACUCAGCAGCAAUGAUUGAGGAUGAGUCGGGAUUCAGCAUGCCGAUGUUCUGAUCUGGAAAGAGUUCAGGUUCCUGAGCUCAAGAGACUACACAAGCAGAGGGGGGGUGGGACGUCUAAUCCAGAUCACCUGCCAAUCAAACUCUUAUGAAGAAGAAAAAUAAACACUUUUGAGUUUUUUCUUUCUCUAUGACACAAUGCAAGGAUGUUUGUCAAGUGAGUCCACUGAUGGAUUCCACUUUGGAUGGACCUCAUCUGGAAGCAUGAAAAAAGGAUUCACUCAGUUUUUUUCCACACAAGUCUGGUGAUCUACAAUCUAGCCCCGAGUAUUCAAGAGCUUCAUCGGGCUCCUACUCUUCAUCUUCCACCUUUCGGUUUAGCUCUUGUCAGCAGCGUCUCCAAUAGCGCUCUGGCUCAACAAUCCCGCGGCCAGCCGGCGACUUAUGCGUUUUUACGGUUACACAGAUGUACAGCUGUUUGGUUCCGCUGCCGACCACGGAGCAGCUCGACACUCUGUACAGCUCCCCUUCGUAUUGGUGUUGCACUUCAGUCCGCCUGGUUAAACCACAACAGAGAGAGGAUCUCAGUCCUGAACGUUGUUUGUCUGACCUCUGAAUAGCGCCCAGCAGGCUCUCGUUCUGUGUUUGAGGUCAGCGGCUGCAGACCAACCUGGAGAAGCGACCUAACUAUCGUAUGAGCGAAGCGAGUAUUGUCGUUGGAUGGUGAAGCCACGCCCUCAGCCAAACGGGAACAGAAGCCUCCUCUCUCCCAAAUAUUGGAAACACACACACACACCCUGAAUACCAACUUUUUAAAGUUUAAAAAAGUUUUAAAAAGACAAUAAACAUAUUUUGAAUUCUGUAGCUUUAGUACUAAAGUUUUAAAUCCAGUGUGUUUUUGUUUUUGUCUGAUGUUUGUACAGCUUUUUUCUUGAAUAUGUAUCUUGUUUGUUGCCAAAUUGUGGCCUACAUACUUAUCGUAUAUUCCAGCCCGUCCCCUACACCUGUAACUCAUAUCUAACGGAUACCAAGCUCAGAUUGUUGCUGUGGGAUAGCAGCUUUUAAGCGCUGUAUUGUCUGAUUGUAAUCGUUUUACAGUUAAGUAUUAUGGCAGAUUAUCUGUUCGGUUCGUUCAUCUUACAGGUCAACGCGAGUUACUGAGACUCUCACGCCUGCAAACAAUGUUCACUGGUCCAGAGUUGAAGCUGUGUUUGUUGACUUUGUUCAUAUCCAGUGCAGUGAUGGAACUUUCUGUCUGACCGAUUUGUUUGAAUGUGUUUGAAUGUGUCCUGUCAUAUCUUUGGUCACCUUCUGUUGAGUAAGCAAUCAUUUAAACCCUUUCCUCAUUGACUGGCUCAGCAGUCCUGUAAAUAUCAGAGACAGUUGGAUCUUUUCUGCAGUGCAGUUGAUAUCGGUCGCCCUAACAUGCCCUCAGAGUCUGUUUUUUUUUUCUGUGAACCUAAAUCCUUUUUAAUAAAAUAAAAUCUGUAUUCAAUUUGUG